AGCUGUUGUUUUAUUUACAGACUCGUUCAUAAGUAGCCCUAUGAAUGCCAUGUUUUCAAAUCAGGUUUUACUGACCGAAUAAUUUCAACCCAGUCGAGAUUUGAGAUAGUAUGUAUAGGCUCUAUAGGCUAGUCCCCCCCACGGUGUGAAAGCUUCACGAAACGACUAAGCAGUCGGAGGAUCCGUCCUCUUCACCGGCCGUGCAGCAAAAGCCAGCCCUGGUGCUCGAUUCGUAGUUUGGGGGAGGGAUUUCCAGAUCUUUACUAUGUCAUUGGUUAAUAUUUUAUUCUGUUGACAUGUUUUCUUACUGCUAAUGCUUCCGACACCUUUUAGCCCCCACCCUCCCUUACGGAUCUUGGCCGAAGCUGUCAAAACCACGCCUAUAGAGCUCCACAAUUGGUCCGGAAAGCGUAAAAUCGGCAAUCAAGUGGGCUUGGUUCAUUAGUGUCGGGAUCCAGGGAGGAGAGACAUGUUAGACAGUCACAAUACCACGGUGGUCAGAGCAAGACCUCUCAAUUCGAACUCCCUAUCCGAGUAAAGAGUGAUUUUCUUUUUCCGAAAGUUACUUGGGUGAAUAAGCGAAGCCCAGCUCUACUCUCGAGGUGUCGAUGCCGUCUCUUCGACGGAUAUUAUCACGGUGCUGUGUGGGAACCGAGCAUCAGGAGUAGCAGUACACUCAUUUCUUCCCUCGGUCUGUUAGAGACGUCUGGGACGCAUUCGCUCUUGGUUGAGCUCGCGAAACUACUUUUAUAUUUCUGCUCGAUUUACGAAGACAUCUGUCUUUUGGAUACACACACCAAUAGGCUACGUCUACUGAGGGUGGACAUAAAUAGCGUAUAAUCAUUCUAUAUCAAUUUUUGAAUGCACCGAUGAGAGAUCCAGUUUACACAGGGACUGCCAUGGCUUAUCACCCUUUCCACGCUCACCGGCCGACCGACUUUCCUAUGUCAGCCUUCCUUGCAGCUGCACAGCCUUCCUUUUUCCCUGGACUGACGUUGUCUCACGGCGCUCUCACCAAACCUCUAUCAGGCCAUGCUUUAUCUGGAGCCGCGGAAGCGGGACUCCACGCGGCGUUGGGUCAUCACCAUCAAGCGGCUCACCUCCGCUCCCUCAAGAGCUUGGAGCCGGAGGAAGAGGUGGAGGACGACCCAAAAGUCAACCUGGAGGCCAAGGAUUUGUGGGACCAAUUUCACAAAAUAGGAACCGAGAUGGUUAUUACGAAAUCAGGAAGGAGGAUGUUUCCCCCAUUCAAAGUUCGUGUCAAUGGGCUUGAUAAGAAAGCCAAGUAUAUCCUUCUAAUGGAUAUAGUCUCUGCUGACGACUGCCGCUACAAGUUCCACAACUCGCGUUGGAUGGUAGCUGGGAAAGCCGACCCGGAGAUGCCCAAACGAAUGUACAUCCAUCCGGACAGUCCUGCCACAGGGGAGCAGUGGAUGGCGAAGCCUGUUGCAUUUCAUAAACUCAAGUUGACUAAUAAUAUCUCCGACAAGCAUGGAUUUACUAUCCUGAAUUCGAUGCAUAAAUACCAGCCCAGAUUUCAUAUCGUGAGGGCCAACGACAUUCUGAAGCUCCCUUACAGCACCUUCCGGACAUAUGUUUUUCCAGAGACAGAUUUUAUCGCUGUCACUGCAUAUCAGAAUGACAAGAUCACACAACUCAAAAUUGAUCACAACCCAUUUGCUAAAGGGUUCAGAGACACGGGAAAUGGUCGACGGGAAAAGAGUCCGGUCUGCAGGAAGCAGUUAACCCUUCCAUCGCUGAGCAUGUAUGAGGACCGGGACCUUAAAGGGGACAGGGACUGUGCCGACUCAGAUGACUCCUCCUUUGAACAAACCACCGGAGGGGACUCGGUUCAUUCUCCACUGGGACAUGUAACUAGUCCACUGAGGUUCAACCGAAACAGUCGAGACGACAAGAACUGCACUGAUAGCGAUCAGGAGCUUGACCCACAGGAGGAGCGCUCCAUCGCAGCCAGCAGCCCCGGGCCGGAACCAACCUCUCCUCUCAGCCCUAAAGGCGAUAACAGAGUGAGGGAUAGGAUUCUUCUGGAAAAAAAGAGCGACUACCUGGAUUCAAGGAAAGAGAGCGACUCUGUGUUCAGUAUUCGAAAUCUUGAAAAGGACAAGUUAGAUCAUAAGCACCGCAAAGAGACGGAACCUACAAAGAACGACACGGAUAGUGGGGGCAUCAGUGGGGUGAAAGAUGGGUUUUCUCCUCUGAUGGUACAGACGGAGAGCCCAUCACACUUUAGCGCGAGUCACCUGCAGAGUCUGGCCUUUUCUGGUUUGCACAGUCAACAGUUCUUUAACCCUUUGAAUACGGGACAAAUGUUGUUCCACCCCGGACAGUUUGCGAUGGCACCAGGGGCAUUCUCCACCAUGGGUAUGGGGCAUCUGUUGACAUCUGUUUCUGGAGCGAAUGGCCUGGAAAACGGAAGCCUCUCCUCUCAAAGCGCGGGCUGUCAUAGUCACUUCCCGUUCCACCUGUCACAGCACAUGCUAGCAUCUCAGGGAAUUUCGAUGCCACCUUUUGGAGGAUUGUUCCCGUAUCCAUACACCUACAUGGCAGCUGCGGCUGCUGCGGCCUCGGCCCUCCCCGCCUGCACGGCAGCCUCCACAUUGGGCAGAAACCCUUUCCUCACCACCUCCCGACCACGGCUGCGGUUCAACCCUUAUCAGAUGCCCACAUCUAUUCCUUCAAGCACAAACCUGCUCACCACAGGGCUGCCGGGCAGCAUCAACGCACCAUCCGACCUGUCCAAAUCAGGCAGCAGAGAAACAAGUCCUGUAUCUGAGCACCACAGCCACAAAGCGGGCAGCCAGAGGACGGCGUCCCCCAAAACAUCUAAGAAGGAUUCCACUAACGAACUGCAAAAUAUACAGAGGCUGGUCAGAGGACUGGAACAACCCAGAGAAAUGUCUCCUGCCAUUGACGCUCCAAAGUGACCAAAACCACCUGUUCAUUCAAGGUAUAUUUGACAUGAUUCUGUCGGGCUAUAUACACAGUUGUGCUGAGAGUGAGAUGGGUGGCUAUGGGCUGACGAGGUGACUUCAUCAAAUGACAUACUAUUGGUGAUAUAGAUUCAUUUUUUACGUCAGUGUAGGCUACUACAUGUGUCUGGAGAGCAUCUCGGCCCCUGAAGGAGGAACGGAGGAUGAACAGAGGAUGUUGGGGCGGUCCACUAGGCUAUUGAUAAGAAUAAAGCUACACCCCAAAAAUACAUUACAAUAGAUUUCAAAAGGGAUGGAAAGAAGACACAGUUAAACUGGUUUCUGAAGCUGUUUUGGAAAGACGGUUGUAACUCACAACAUGAAACAUUAAUCUGAUUUAAUUAUUUAUGUUUCCAAGAAAAGCAAUUCUGUAAAUAUACUGUAAGGAUAAAAUAAUACGCAACUUGUUAUUAAUUUAUUCAAAUCUGUACAUUGGCGUGUAUAUACUACUUAGAUUUCAACUUGUUGCAUUUAUAAUUUCCCCUUUUACAUGGAAAUACAUUGUACAUGAACACUAUUUACCGUUUGUUGUUAACCGAAUGAGUUUCAAAUGUUUGUGAUGCAUUGCUGUUUAUCCUGCCAGUGAGAUGAAAUACGAAGGAAAUGCGUGCCACCUGCAUACUCUUUCCGGACCAUGCUAUUCGGGAUCCUUGGGACGUCCCUACCCCAUUGAAGUUGAAUUUUAAAAUGGUUAAGGUAAGGAUUAAGGUUAGGGUCAGGGUACGGGUAAGGGUUAAGGUUAAGGUAAGGGUAUGGGUUAAGGUUAAGGCUAGGGUUAGUGUUAGGGUUAGGGACGUCCCAAGGAUUUCGGAUGCUGUUGAUGAAACAUUGUUUUGCGAUACAACGCGCAGCACUGUGCAUUUGGCAGGGGAACUCAGGUUUCUUUUUCUCCAGCACUGAAGACUACCUCGUCAGAGGUAGCUCAAUUGGUAUCUUUUGUGCUGGUUUAUUCGGGUAAAUGAAUAUGCAUUAAUAUGCUUUUGUUGAGCUCCUCACACUUUAAAUAAAAAUGAAUGUGUCGUUCA